AUGAUGUCAUUAAUAGAUCUAGACGAUGAUCAGAGGUGGGUGCCCACGCAUGUCAAUGUCACGGUCCUCCGCGCGAGGGGACUGCGCACCAAGGGCAAGCACGGCAGCCGCUACCUCUACACCAUCAUCCAGGUGGGGAAGGAGAAAUACACCACGGGGCUGGUGGAGAAGGCGGAGAUGCCCGCGUGGAACGAGGAGUGCUGCUUCGAGCUGCUGCCCGGGAUCCUGGAGACCGGGGGCCGGAGCGCGUACCCGCCGGGGAGCGGGGACCUGGUCCUCACCGUCAUGCACCGGGUGCUCAUCGGACUGGACGUGUUUCUGGGUCAAACCAUCGUCCCCCUGGACAAGAUAUUCCAGGACGGAUUGUGUCCAAGAGAGGAAUGGUUCAAGCUCAACUCCAAGGCGGGAAGAAAAGAGAAGGAACGUGGUGCGCUUCAGGUGACGGUCCAGUUCACCCGCAACAACAUGACAGCCAGCAUGUUCGACCUCACCAUGAAGGACAAACCUCGCUCCGCGUUCGGAAAGCUCAAGGAUCGCGUCACGGGGAGGAAGAGGGGGGACGUGGAGUCCUCCUCCGCCAUUGUGCCGGGACGCUAUGCCGCCUUGUCAGGGUCCGUGGGGCAGCCGUUUGGAGAGGAGGGUAUGGUGGAGUCACAGGGUGUGGAGAUACCAGAGGAGAAGAAGAGCAAGAUGAAGGACUUCUUCAAAGGAAGGAUGCGAAAGUCAUCCGACACCAGGUCAUGCUCAUCGCUGGCUUCAGAGAGUAGCAUGUCUUCCAUGGCCAGCGAUAACCUUGGCCCUCCGCCCAGUCUGGAUCUGCUGUCAGACCCCCCCAGCUCCCCCAUCUACACAAGCAAAGUGAGAGUGGACACCCACUACGGAGAAACAGACUUAGCUAAAAAAGUGCUCACCAGCCAGCACACCACAAAGAUCCUCACACACAAGCGGGCCUUCAGCGAUGAGGCCAGUAAGAUCACAACGGCUUUCCCUCGAACAAAUGCUGCAGUGGAGUCUCUCAAGGGUCGCACCAUGACUCAGUCCAAGUCCUCUUUGUGUAUAAACGGUAGCCACGUUUACGAUUCAGAGCCUUCGACUCCCAAAAGCUCUGGAGCGCUCCAGUCUAAACUGGUUCUACUGGAGAAAUGCUCACCGCUGUCUCGCUCUCUGCAGAACCUUACCAAAAGAAGUGAGGACAAAGGUUCCUUUGCAGAGGGCCGACGCUGGUCCUUUGACAAGUUGAAGAAAGAGGAGGAAGAAAAGGAGGAUCAGGCGUCGUCUGGUCCAGCUCUGGAAGCUCAGCCUGGGGACCGUCCUGUGCAGGCUGCGGUGCAGAUUGUCUCGUCAGCUGGAAGUUCACCUGACAAAGGAAGGAAAUUAAGAAAGACUUUAUUCUCUACAGGAAGGAGUGAUUCUCUUCCAUCUAAGUCUGACCUUAACCAGGCUGGGUCUGCAUCUGAGGGGAAGUUCAGAGGCUGGUUUGGCUCCAGUGACCCCCAGAACAAGCCAAGGCUGGAAGUUUCUCCUAAGGUAGAAAGCAGCUCAGACGUACCCCCUUCCCUCUCUCCUUGCUCCCCUGUGCCUCCCCAGUGCUCCCAUCCCUCCACUUCCCCUUCUAGUCAGGUCCUACCUGAUGACCACAGUCACAUCAGUCCCUUCACUCCUUCCUCUUCCCCAUCGUCAACUCCCCUCUCUCCUUCAAAUCCCUUCCUUCCAUGUAUUCAGCGCAACCCCUUUUUUGAGGAGCUCGUAGCAGAAGAGUCAGAGAUGUCCUCUGUUGCACCAUGCUCCUCGUCUGGCUCCCCACUUCUGCUUUACACCACCCUGCCUGCUCAGCUCUGCACACCCAGUUCUGAUAUUAAAGUUAGUGCCACAAAUAGGGUUUCCUUAAAGCGGGAGCGCCCCAGGCCAGUAGCUAAGCAGAUAUCACUCCCUGCGUUAUCACCCUCAGAAGCCACAGCUGACUUCCCCAAUCACUCCGCCCCUUGCUCUGCAUCUGGAAAUGCAGAGAACUGGGACGACUCAUUUGACGCCUUUGCCUCAAGCAGACUCAACUCCCCUAAAGCUAGAUUCCCUCCAGAACAGCCAAGAGCCAGCCCGACUUUAUGUUGUAAACGUAGUUACCAUCCGCUUGACGACUUUGGCUGCAACUAUGCACAAGAAACUCGAACAUGCAAAGACGAGCCUCCGCCUUUACCUCCGAGGAGACUUUUGAGAACUCCGGUGAACGAGAUUUUCUCAGAUGGGUGGCUGCAUAGAGGCCAGGAGCUGGCGGUUCAUAAGGAAGCCUACCUCCUGUCUCAGACUGGCGUGGCCUCGCUACAGCGUGGAAGAGAGAGCGAAUCCAAAAGAAACAGUUUUUCCCCUGACCCUCAGACAAGCAGCGACUCCCUCAGCGCUCACACCCAGCCGCACACAGACAGUAAAUCUCUUGGAUGCACGUCUGAAGGGAGGCUCCAAAAGUUCAAGUAUGAACCUCUGGAAGAUGAAACCAACUGCUGGGGAGGGAUGUUGUUUGAGCAGGACCUCUAUGGGCGUGUGUGCAGAAGGGUUACGACUUACGGACAGCAAAGAGUAAAUACUCAUCACUUCUCACUGAAUGCUGAGGAAAUCGCUUGUGAUAAGACCCUGGUCAAGAACGCAUCUAAAAGACUCUUUGAUAAUGACAGAUGUGUUGGCGACCUCUACAGCGUGCCAUCCAUUACUCCCUCCAAGGUACCGGACAUUUCUUACACUCCAGCAGAGGAGAUGAAAGAAACUAACUUGUGUGAAACUUCAUGCCUUAACAACAACAUAUCGUUCUCGCUAACGCUCGGAGAUCUGAACAUGAACGUAAACAACUCAGACUUUAGUUUUAUUGAUUCUGACGGAUCUCCUCAAUCAGAGGCAGUGGGUAUUGACAAAAGCAUCGACAAUUCGAACGGGACUUUUCCAACAGAGCAUCCACCGGCUGAGAUCUACUACAAGGAAACCCAAGCUGAGGACAUGUUCACUUUAAAGGACACCUACAUACCUGCAAUGAACUCCUCUUUUGAAAUAACUAUGUCUUCUAGAAAGAUGUGCAAAGUGCCUCCAGUUUGCAAAGACAACUGCCACGAUUGCCGACACGAACUGAACAAUGUUGCUUCACAUGAUCACAGCAAGGAAAAUAGUAAAAGUAUUGCUGCUACCAUUUCACAAAACCCAACAUUUAAUUUGUUAGACAUUAAAACUGAGUGUAGAGAAGAACUCAUAGGAAGUGAUGGUGAUUUCAAUGGAAACCUAGAAGACAAGUUAGUCAAACCUAGCCAGACUGAGUCAUAUUCAGGGGUUGUUAGUGCACGAAUACGACCAAAAGGAUUGUCCCGACAGAGCAGCAGUGACAGCACAAGCAGCCAAAGCAGAUACACAGACAGAGACUUUGAGCAGUUUUUAUCUCUCGUCCAGAACCUUUCAGAAGUCAGUGAAGGACCUUCAUCUUAUCAGCCCUCUAAAUCAGUCCUGUCCUCCCUACAAGCAUUAGAACUGACAGAUGUGCUUAAAGUUUGCCCCGUUAGUGAAAACACACAUCAAAGUGUGUCUAAAACUCAAUCACACAUGUGUUCAAAGGAACACACAGCAUCACAUGUAGAAGAACAGACCUCUGGGAUGAGUUUUGAAGAUCUCCAUGCAAAAGUUGCACCGAGCUGCAGAACCCCCUCCAAAACAAAGAUUGGGGAAUCUUUGCAAGAGCCUCAACUCUGCUGUCCCCCUACCCCUUCUGCCCCUGCCUGUUGCCCCCUCAUACAUCCCCCAGUCACGGGGCUCGGUGGUGGAGCUGGCUCCUCUGUGACUGGGUCCUGCACCCCCUCCUUCUCCACCACCUUCAGCUCUGACCAGCUGCUGGUCGAUGCACGGCACUCACUUUUACCUGAGGAGACACAGCCUGCUAGCAGCCUGCCCCAUCAGGAGAGCAGAUCUCAUCCAGUGAAACCAUUAACAACCAGCCAGUCUGAGAAGAAAGAGAGUCGUUCGGUCCUCGAGAAGCUAAAAUCUACCAUAAACCCGGGACGCUCCGCCCAUCAGGCCGCACCUGAACCUGAGAAGAGUCAGGAGGUGAGUGCAGACCGAGCUGCUCAGUACCAGCACCUCACCAACAUGGAGCUGAUCUCCCUGCUGCUGCAGCAGGAGAUGGACCUGCAGAAGCAGCAGGCAGCCUCUGAUCAGCAGGGUGCGCAGCUGGAGAAAUGUGAGGCCGAGCUGAAAAAGGUCAAGCUGCAGGUUCGAGACCUGGAGGACUACAUCGAUAAUCUGCUGCUGCGGAUCAUGGAGCAGACGCCGACUCUGCUUCAAGUUCGCUCAAGACACAAGUGACGCUGCGUGACGCAGGCUGCGGCUGGGAGCUAAAAAUGGUCUGAUCUCAAAACCAUCCAGGUCUUUUCACUGCAAAUACUGCCCAGCUGAUGUAGACACAAUUUUACCCAUCAUGCAUGCUGGGUACAACCUCAGUUUGGCACAAACUUGAAACCAAACAGUAUGUUCAGAUAAAAAAAUUGAAAGCAGGCAAAUUAUUUCACAUGCUACUGUAGAAUGAGUAAAAGUAGUCA